CAGGCGCCCCAUGGAGUCCCUUUUCAAUUCCUUUUUUCUCUUCAUGUGACUCACAAAUUCAAAUACAUCUUUUGAAAUGGUUUCCUGAAUUUGUAGGUCUCUCCUGGCUCUGAUUCCUUAGGAGUUGUUAGGUGCCUCUCAAACUGUAUGCUUACUUUUUGCUUUGGAGCAGAUGUCGUGGCACUAAGACCCAGAAACCGUUUGCUCUGUGUGGCUGGAGCUGGGCAGGCGGUGCUCACACUGAAGGGAAGGAAGUCAUUAGUGCAGACUGAGCUGUGGAGUUGGGUUCUUGCAGGAUUUCCUUCCAGCCUUUCCCCACUAAGGUUCUUGGGAAUUAAAAAAAAAAAAAAAAAAAAAUCUAAACACACAAACCAAGUUUUCCUAUUUACAGUGUUCAGGGAAGGUAGGCAUUUCGGGAAGGGCAGAUCCUUCCCCCAAGUUAGCCAAGAAGGAAGAAAAAAAAAAAAAAACAGCGUAAAGAAGCUCUGAUUACAGAUCUUUGGAAUUUUCUUUGCUAAAUUUUACAAACGAGAAAUACACCCAGAAUUUUGGGAAUUGCUCCAGGCUGCGCGUGAGGGUUUGAUUGCUUGUCUAAUCUUUUUUUGAGAAGAGGAGAAUUCGCCAAAAGGGGUUUGGAUGGCAGGAGCCCGGCUCGGUUUCUGCAUCAGCUCUCGUCCUGAGUCUCUUCUCUGAGGGAGGGUCUCUGCAGCCGGCUUGGAGACCCCCUGCCGCAGGCUCCUUUUGCAGGCGCUGGCUCGGUGGGGGGGCGGGAAAAUGCCCUGCUCUCGCUGGAGUACGCUGGUUGCUGCUGGGACUUCCUAGCCCGGUGGGAAGUGUGUUCGUGGUGUGGGGAUACUUUUCAUUGAACUGAAGGCGAAAAGACUGGACUCUCCUGGGCAUUUUCCCUUCGCAGUGAAUAUGGGAAAGAAUUAGGGGGUGGGAGGGAGGCAGCAUGACUUGCAGUCGCUGCUGCCCUGCAUCUGCCCCCAGCCCCCAGCCAGCAUCUUGAUGUUCCACGUAUCGGCUGUACAAAUAUGAUGAAAUGGCAGCCCCGGAAGAAGGCAUACUUCCGACAGGGUGUUGCCCUCCAGUACCUCGGACGUCAUGCCGAUGCCCUGGCAGCCUUUGCCUCUGGACUGGCUCAAGACCCCAAGAGUCUACAGCUUCUGGUGGGGAUGGUAGAAGCUGCCAUGAAAUCUCCCAUGAGAGACUCCCUCGAGCCCACUUAUCAGCAGCUUCAGAAAAUGAAACUGGACAAGAGCCCCUUUGUGGUCGUGUCUGUGGUUGGGCAGGAACUCCUGACAGCUGGCCAUCAUGGGGCCUCUGUGGUUGUCUUAGAAGCUGCUCUCAAGAUUGGCACCUGCAGCCUCAAACUGAGAGGUUCUGUUUUCUCUGCCCUGAGCAGUGCUUACUGGUCUCUCGGAAACACGGAGAAGAGUACUGGAUACAUGCAGCAGGACUUGGAUGUAGCCAAGACCUUAGGUGACCAGACAGGAGAAUGCCGAGCUCAUGGAAAUCUGGGCUCUGCAUUCUUCUCCAAAGGAAAUUAUCGGGAGGCUCUCACUAACCACAGGCAUCAGUUGGUGCUUGCUAUGAAACUCAAGGAUCGAGAGGCAGCUUCAUCAGCCCUGAGCAGUCUGGGCCACGUGUACACAGCCAUCGGAGACUACCCCAACGCACUGGCCAGUCACAAACAGUGUGUUCUUCUCGCCAAGCAAUCCAAAGAUGAGCUUUCUGAGGCGCGAGAACUCGGCAACAUGGGAGCUGUGUAUAUCGCCAUGGGUGACUUUGAGAACGCUGUGCAGUGCCACGAGCAGCAUCUGAAGAUAGCCAAGGACCUGGGGAACAAGCGAGAAGAGGCCCGGGCCUACAGCAACCUGGGCAGUGCCUAUCACUACAGGAGGAACUUUGACAAGGCCAUGUCUUACCACAACUACGUGCUGGAGCUGGCACAGGAAUUAAUGGAGAAGGCCAUUGAGAUGCGGGCCUACGCUGGCCUGGGCCAUGCUGCCAGGUGCAUGCAGGAUCUGGAGCGGGCGAAGCAGUACCAUGAGCAGCAGCUGGGCAUUGCUGAGGAUCUCAAGGACCGGGCUGCAGAGGGGCGAGCGUCCUCCAAUCUGGGAAUCAUACACCAGAUGAAAGGCGAUUAUGAUACCGCUCUGAAACUCCACAAGACACACCUGUGCAUCGCCCAGGAGCUGAGUGACUAUGCUGCCCAGGGCCGUGCCUAUGGGAAUAUGGGCAAUGCCUACAAUGCCCUGGGGAUGUACGACCAGGCGGUCAAGUACCACCGGCAGGAGCUGCAGAUCUCCAUGGAAGUGAAUGACCGGGCCUCACAGGCGUCGACACACGGGAACCUGGCCGUGGCUUACCAGGCCCUGGGUGCCCAUGACCGGGCCCUGCAACAUUAUCAGAACCACCUGAAUAUUGCUCGGGAGCUUCGUGACAUCCAGAGCGAGGCCCGGGCCCUCAGCAACCUGGGCAACUUCCACUGCUCUCGGGGGGAGUAUGUCCAGGCUGCCCCCUAUUAUGAACAGUACCUCCGGCUCGCUCCUGACCUUCAAGACAUGGAAGGUGAAGGGAAGGUCUGCCACAAUCUCGGCUAUGCCCACUACUGCCUUGGAAAUUACCAGGAGGCUGUAAAAUAUUAUGAGCAGGAUCUGGCGCUGGCCAAAGACCUUCAUGACAAGUUGAGCCAGGCGAAAGCUUACUGCAACUUGGGCCUAGCAUUCAAGGCUCUGCUGAACUUCAGCAAAGCUGAAGAGUGUCAGAAGUACCUACUGUCCCUAGCCCAGUCGCUGAAUAAUUCCCAGGCUAAAUUUCGAGCCCUGGGGAACCUGGGUGAUAUAUUCAUCUGUAAAAAAGAUAUAAAUGGUGCAAUAAAAUUCUAUGAGCAGCAGCUGGGCUUAGCUCACCAUGUCAAGGACAGAAGACUGGAAGCCAGUGCAUAUGCAGCCCUGGGCACGGCAUACCGGAUGAUCCAGAAAUACGACAAGGCCUUGGGUUAUCACACACAGGAACUGGAGGUCUAUCAGGAGCUGAGUGACUUGCCGGGGGAGUGCAGAGCUCACGGGCAUCUGGCUGCGGUCUACAUGGCCCUUGGGAAAUACACAAUGGCCUUCAAGUGUUAUGAAGAGCAGCUGGAUCUGGGGCAGAAGCUGAAGGACCCCAGUCUGGAAGCCCAGGUCUACGGCAACAUGGGGAUCACAAAGAUGAACAUGAAUGUGAUGGAAGAAGCCAUCGGCUACUUCGAGCAGCAGUUGGCCAUGCUGCAGCAGCUGAGUGGAAACGAGUCCGUGCUCGACAGGGGCCGCGCCUAUGGCAAUCUGGGGGAUUGCUACGAGGCCCUGGGUGACUAUGAGGAAGCUAUCAAGUACUACGAACAGUAUUUAUCUGUUGCCCAGAGUCUGAAUCGCAUGCAAGACCAAGCUAAGGCUUACCGGGGCCUAGGAAAUGGGCACAGGGCAAUGGGGAGCUUGCAGCAAGCCCUUGUGUGCUUUGAAAAGAGGCUCGUGGUCGCCCAUGAGCUCGGGGAGGCCUUUAAUAAAGCGCAGGCCUAUGGAGAGCUAGGAAGUCUGCACAGCCAAUUAGGGAAUUACGAACAAGCCAUUUCCUGCCUUGAACGCCAGCUGAACAUUGCUAGAGAGAUGAAAGACCGAGCUCUGGAAAGUGAUGCGGCCUGUGGCCUCGGUGGCGUUUACCAGCAGAUGGGGGAAUAUGAUACAGCCCUGCAGUACCACCAGCUCGAUCUGCAGAUAGCAGAGGAAACCAACAACCCCACCUGCCAGGGCCGAGCCUACGGGAACCUGGGCCUCACCUAUGAAUCCCUGGGCACCUUUGAGCGGGCCGUGGUCUAUCAAGAACAGCACUUGAGCAUCGCCGCGCAGAUGAAUGACUUGGUGGCUAAGACAGUGUCAUACAGUAGCCUCGGAAGGACCCAUCAUGCCUUGCAGAACUAUUCGCAGGCAGUCAUGUACUUACAGGAAGGCUUAAGGUUAGCUGAGCAACUGGGCCGAAGAGAAGAUGAAGCCAAAAUUCGCCAUGGUCUUGGCCUCUCCCUUUGGGCUAGCGGGAACCUGGAGGAGGCCCAACAUCAGCUCUAUAGGGCAUCAGCGUUAUUUGAGACAAUCCGACAUGAGGCGCAGCUGAGCACGGACUACAAACUCUCCCUCUUUGACCUGCAGACUUCGUCCUACCAGGCCUUGCAGCGGGUGCUCGUCAGCCUGGGCCAUCAUGAUGAAGCCCUCGCUGUGGCAGAAAGAGGACGGACACGGGCGUUUGCCGAUCUUCUGGUAGAACGACAAACAGGACAACAGGACUCCGACCCCUACUCCCCAGUCACUAUCGAUCAGAUCUUAGAGAUGGUUAAUGGCCAGAGGGGACUAGUACUUUACUAUUCCCUGGCCGCAGGCUACUUGUAUAGCUGGCUGCUUGCUCCUGGGGCAGGAAUUCUGAAGUUUCACGAGCACUACCUGGGUGAUAACGCAGCGGAAAACUCCAGCGACUUCCAGGCCAGCAGCAGCACGGCUCUUCCAACAGCCACCAGCUCCGUCCUCGAGCAGCACAUCGCCAGUGUACGAGAGGCCCUGGGAGUAGAGUCUUACUAUUCGAGGGCUUGUGCCAGCAGUGAGACGGAGAGCGAAGCUGGAGACAUCAUGGACCAGCAGUUCGAAGAGAUGAACAACAAGCUCAACUCCGUUACCGACCCGACCGGCUUUCUGCGGAUGGUUCGCCGGAACAACCUCUUCAACAGGAGCUGCCAGAGCAUGACGAGCUUGGUCAGCAACACCAUGUCGCUGAUCAAGGACGGGACCUCCUCUCUCCCCAGGAGGCAGAGCUCAUUCGCCAGGCCCCCGCUCCGUGCUCUGUACGACCUGCUCAUAGCGCCCAUGGAAGGGGGCCUGAUGCACUCCAGCGGCCCCGUGGGCCGGCACCGGCAGCUGGUCCUGGUUCUGGAGGGGGAGCUCUACCUCAUCCCCUUCGCCCUCCUGAAGGGAAGCUCCUCCAACGAGUACCUGUACGAGCGCUUCGCCCUCAUCGCCGUCCCCUCCAUCCGCUCCCUCAGCCCACAGUCCAAGUCUCACCUGAGGAAGAACCCACCCACGUACUCCAGCUCCACGUCCAUGGCGGCUGUUGUCGGCAACCCCAAGCUGCCGUCGGCGGUGAUGGACAGGUGGCUGUGGGGGCCCAUGCCAUCGGCCGAGGAGGAGGCGUACAUGGUGUCAGAGCUGCUGGGCUGUCAGCCUCUGGUGGGCAACGUGGCCACCAAAGAACGGGUCAUGAGCGCCCUGACCCAGGCCGAGUGUGUCCACUUUGCCACCCACAUCUCGUGGAAACUGUCGGCCUUGGUCCUCACUCCCAGCGCCGACAGUAACCCUGGCGGCAGCAAGAGCUCCUUUGGCCACCCCUACACGAUCCCCGAGUCCCUGCGGGUGCAGGACGACGCCAGCGACGGGGAGAGCAUCUCGGACUGCCCGCCCCUGCAGGAGCUGCUGCUCACGGCCGCCGACGUCCUGGACCUGCGGCUUCCCGUGAAGCUGGUGGUCCUCGGCUCCUCGCAGGAGUCCAACAGCAAGGUCACGGCUGACGGAGUCAUCGCGCUGACACGGGCCUUCCUGGCUGCCGGCGCACAGUGUGUUCUUGUGUCUCUGUGGCCUGUGCCUGUGGCGGCUUCCAAGAUGUUUCUCCACGCCUUCUACUCAUCCCUGCUCAAUGGCCUGAAAGCCAGCGCCGCCCUGGGGGAGGCCAUGAAGGUGGUGCAGAGCAGCAAGGCCUUCUCACACCCCUCCAACUGGGCAGGGUUCAUGCUCAUUGGGAGUGACGUUAAGCUGAACAGUCCCUCGUCGCUCAUCGGCCAGGCCCUCACAGAGAUCCUCCAGCAUCCGGAGCGCGCCCGAGAUGCCCUGCGAGUGUUGCUGCACCUGGUGGAGAAGUCCCUGCAGCGCAUUCAGAACGGGCAGCGCAAUGCCAUGUACACGUCCCAGCAGAGCGUGGAGAACAAAGUGGGCGGCAUCCCCGGUUGGCAGGCCCUGCUCACUGCCGUGGGCUUCCGGCUGGACCCCCCGGCCAGUGGCCUGCCGGCGGCUGUCUUCUUCCCGACCUCCGACCCCGGUGACCGGCUCCAGCAGUGCAGCAGCACCAUCCAGUCCCUGCUGGGUCUGCCCAACCCUGCCCUCCAAGCCCUCUGCAAGCUCAUCACUGCCUCGGAGACGGGCGAGCAGCUCAUCAGUCGGGCUGUUAAAAAUAUGGUGGGAAUGCUCCACCAGGUGCUGGUUCAGCUGCAGGCCGGCGAGAAGGAGCAGGACUUCGCCUCGGCCCCCAUCCAGGUCUCCAUCAGCGUGCAGCUGUGGCGCCUCCCCGGCUGCCACGAGUUCCUGGCGGCUCUAGGGUUCGAUCUCUGUGAAGUGGGUCAGGAGGAAGUCAUCCUGAAAACCGGGAAACAAGCCAAUCGGCGAACCAUGCACUUUGCCCUGCAGUCUCUGCUCGCGCUCUUUGAUUCUACUGAGCUGCCCAAGCGCCUCAGCCUUGAUAGCUCAUCCUCCCUGGAGUCUCUGGCCUCGGCCCAGUCAGUCUCCAACGCCCUGCCCUUGAGCUACCAGCAUCCCCCUUUCUCCCCCACCGGCGCGGACAGCAUCGCCUCCGACGCCAUCUCUGUGUACAGUCUGAGCUCCAUCGCCUCCUCCAUGAGCUUCGUCUCCAAGCCCGAGGCUGGAUCGGAAGCGGGGGCUUCCCGCAGCCGGCAGGACUACGACCGGUCCAAGAACGCCUACCCACAGCGAUGCACCCUGCCGCGGGGCCAGCUGUCCCCCCAGACACGCCCUGCCGGCAGCAAAGAAGAAGAAGAAUACGAGGGCUUUUCCAUCAUCAGCACGGAGCCCUUGGCGGCCUAUCAGGAAACCAGAAAGACGCGCUUCUCACCAGAUCACAAACAGUGCCACGUGGGGCCAGCCGGAGGCGUGAAAGUUUCCGUAAGCUCCAAGGGGAGCGUCAGCACACCCAAUUCUCCAGUUAAAAUGACUCUGAUUCCCAGCCCAAACUCCCCCUUCCAAAAGGUGGGAAAGCUGGCCAGUUCCGACACGGGAGAAUCAGACCAGUCUAGCACAGAAACAGACAGCACCGUGAAAUCCCAAGAAGAAAGCAACCCAAAGCUUGAUCCGCAGGAGUUGGCGCAGAAGAUUCUAGAGGAGACACAGAGUCAUCUCAUCGCGGUGGAGCGUCUGCAGAGGGGCGGCGGCCAGGCCAGCAAGAGCAGCAGCCCCGAGGAGGGCCUCACAGCGCCCAACGGCGCGGCCGUCUUCCGAGCGUCGGAAACCAGCGCGUUCAGCAGGCCGGCCCUCUCCCACCCCAAGAGCCAGCCGUCGCCGGUCCCCGUGAAACCAAAGCCCCCCGCUAGGAGCUCGUCCCUCCCCAAGGUGAGUUCAGGAUACAGCAGCCCCACGGCCUCCGAGGCGUCCGUCAAGGGCAGCCCCAGCCAGCACAGCGGCCGCCCGUCGCCCGGCUCCGACUCCCAGACUUCUCUCCCCGACCAGCCGCUCUUCAAACUGAAGUACCCCAGCUCUCCGUACAGCGCCCACAUCUCCAAGUCCCCCCGGAACGCGUCCCCGAGCUCGGGCCAUCAGUCUCCGGCUGGGAGCGCGCCGUCCCCAGCGCUCUCCUACUCCUCGGCCGGCUCGGCGCGCUCCAGCCCCGCCGACGCCCCCGACGUGGACAGGCUGAAGAUGGCGGCCAUCGACGAGAAGGUGCAGGCCGUCCACAACCUCAAGAUGUUCUGGCAGAGCACGCCCCAGCAUCCCACGGGACCCGUGAAAAUAUUCCGGGGUGCCCCCGGCACGAUGACUUCCAAGAGGGACGUGCUCAGCCUGCUCAACCUGUCCCCGCGGCACAACAAGAAGGAGGAAGGCGUGGACAAGCUGGAACUGAAGGAGCUGUCCCUGCAGCCGCCCGGAGAAGCGCCCCAGAAGGGCCCUCCGAACGGCCACUGGCGCACGGAGACCACGGCGCUGGGUGCGCUGCCCCUGCCCGCUGGGCCCCCGGCGCCCGCCCGCCCGCUCAGACUGCCUUCUGGAAACGGCUACAAGUUUCUGUCCCCGGGAAGAUUUUUUCCUUCCUCCAAAUGCUGAAGCUUCUUCUGUACUCGCGGACUCAGGGUGCAGCAGCUGCGGGGGCCCAACCCCCUCGGCUGAGCGGGUCACCCCACGCAACCGCCAGCCACCUCACGCUGGGCGCGCCUCGGGGCGCGGGCCCCACGCGCACGGCCGCUGGCUGCUCUGGGCCGCUGGCGACUCUGGGCCCCGCUCACCGGGAGCCGCGACUUCUGUGGGGUUGGCACGGGAGGCCCAGGCAGUUUUCUACACACUUCGCCCGAUGUUUACCUUGAACUCCCUGCUUCUCAUCUUUGAUAUGAUUCUUCACCAGGACUUUUGUACGCAAACGGUCACGGUUCGGGGUGGGCAGAGGGAAGGGAGCACAUAUUUUGCUCAGAGGUAGAUGCGCAGGACCUUUUAUACACAGAAAUACAGAUGGAGCUUUUUUCUUAAGGCUUUCAGGUGCUCGUUGGGGGUGGGAUAUAUAAAAUCUAAGUCGAAUUCUACAUGAAAGUGUGAUAGUAGCCAAAAACAGUGGUUUUUAAAAUGCCAAUGAUGUGUCAUGAAACUGUAGCGUCCCCUGAUCCGGGUCCCAUCACAGUAGCAAUGCAAUAACUCACGUUUCCGCAGCGCUUCCUUCCUCAGAUCGGCUCUGCUCCGGCGAGCUCUGAGACGUCCGUGGGGCCCCACUGUCAGCCAAACUUGAAUUUUCUUAAAAAUUUUAUGUAACUUUUCUCCAGGCAUUUUAGAACUAUGCAAUUGCGAUUUAAAAUGCAACUUUGUGCUUUUAAAACAUUAUUGACCUUUUUUGUACGUGGAUAAACAACUCGGUUUUAUUAUCAAUAGUACUUUGCAUUUAUAGCUAUUAUUUUUAAAAGCUCAAAUUUUUUAAAAUGUCCAAUUUUGAAUAGUCAUCCGUAAGUAACUGUCAAGUUUGGGGGGGAAAGGUUGAAAUAGUUUCCUUGUAAACAUAAAACACAAAACAAAGCCAAAAAAAAAAA